CUCUAGUUGAGGCCGAGAGAACUGUUCAGAUUGCUAUGAUAUAAAAGCAUCCUUGGUUGACGAUCUGCAAAACAAAAAUUAAGAGCUGAUGAAACAGAUUGAAAUAUGCCAGGAGGAGAACAAAAUCCUUGACAAAAUGCACCGGCAAAAGGUAGCUGAGGUUGAGAAGCUAACACAAACCGUUCACGAGCUUGAGGAGGCUGUUUUAGCCGGUGGAGCUGCUGCCAAUGCUGUGCAUGAUUACCAGCGUAAAGUGCAGGAGAUGAAUGAGGAGAAAAAAACUGUUGGAACGGGAGGUGGCUCGUGCAAAGGUCUCUGGCAAAUAAGGUUGCCACUGUUGUUGCAAAUGAGUGGAAAUAUUCCAGUGACAAAGUGACGCCCGUAAAACAAU